AUGGUAAUUAGUAUCAUUGGUAUGGGGGAUUGGGAUCUUGUCUCGUCUGGUAUGGCAGAGCCAGGUACAAGGAGUCAGGACUCAAGGAGAGAGAGGAGUAAGGUUAGUCCUUUUUUUGGAUUUAGGGAGGCACUCAAGCCUUACAUCUGCAAGAAAAGAAGAAGGAAGAAAAAAUAA